AGUCAGCUGGGAUCGAAGAGAAUAACAGUUGCUUGUUUUUAUCUGUUGGGAAUUUUGAACCUGGCACAUUUUGUCAUUGUAACACUUUUUGCCAUUGCAAACCUUCCCAUUCAUCAUAUUACAGAGAGGACAACCAGAAUGUAAUGUUGUUAUUGCACACCUUUUGCGACGAUAGGUGACGGUGGAUGUUGCUGCUAUCACCCUGGGUCUCCCUCCGCCUGCUUUUUUCCGGCUCCCGUCGCCCGGUGCCCUGUUCUUCUGCCCAGGGUACCGUGUUGUGGAUGACAGUGCUCCGUGCCUGUGCUGGUGCCGAUGCUAGAAGCGUGGAAAACAUAACGGCGUGGGUCGGAGAGGAGAUGUCAGAGCGGGGAUGCCUCGUCUUGGACACAGUGUUGUAGUCGAGGGAGAUCUUGACUGUAUACCUACCUCUCUGACUUCGCGUAUAGACUCCAACUUUUCAGCCUCGCUAGCAGUGACACAUAUAUGGAUGGUGGGGUCGCAGCAUGCCCACCCCUUCAACUACCAUUACACCACUGGCUGGAGGGAGUAGCAGCACCGGAGGAGGAGAAGGGGAAGAGGGGCCCAUGUCGGCCGCCCUCACCUCUUCUUCUCUCGGCUCCUCUUUCCGGUUCGUCCCGGCAUUCUGCCUGGGCGUGGUGGCGGCGGUAGUGUUUCAACUGGCAUGGGGAGGCCUGUCUCUCACAUCCUUCUUCCUCAAGUUGUUCAUAUAUGUGUCCUUCGCCCUGCUGUGCUUCCUGGCUGGGAGUUUUGUUCUGCUGGUCAGGAAGAGUCCUCUCAAAGUCAGCUGCUUCAACAGGAGCAGGAGGCAGUCUGCUGCACGGCUGGAGUUCUUCGACAAGCUGAUGGCCCGUUUUUUGGUGCCGGUUCAGGAGUCCAGCCAGAGCAGGAGGGUGGUGGUGUCACACAAUGUGGACAAAGCCCUGAAGGAAGUGUUUGACUUUGCCUACAGAGACUACAUCCUGUCCUGGUACAUCCCUCUGAGUCACGAUGAGGGCCAGUUAUACUCCAUGCUGUCGGAGGACUGGUGGCAGAUGAUUGGUCAGUUGAGAACCCGGCUGGCUGACAUCGACGUCGUCAAUGUGGUGUGUUACGACACCAUCCGAAUCCUGCACACACACUUCACUGACCUCAAGGCUGCAUCUGCAAGACCGGAGGAGUGCACUCGGCCGUUCCCUCUCCACCCCUGCUUGGUGAGUCCGGACUCUGAGCUGGCCUUCCUCCGCUGUGUAGCCAGAAUCCUGCUGCUGUGUCUGCUGCCACAGAAGGAUGCCAAGUCCCACACACUACGCUGCUGCCUCACAGAAGUCAUCACUACUAAAGUGUUGAAGCCUUUGGUGGAGGUGCUCAGCGACCCGGACUCCAUCAACAGGAUGCUGCUGUCUCAGCUGGAGCAGAGGGAGCAGCAGGCGGAGCAGCAGAAGAAAGCCUACACCUACGCUGCCUCCUACGAAGACUUCAUCAAGCUGAUAUCAACGUCUGCUGAUGUCAAUUUCCUCAAACAACUCAGGUAUCAGAUAGUGGUAGAGAUUAUUCAUGCCACCACCAUCAGCAGCCUCCCACAACUCAAGAAGCAGAAAGAUCGUAAAGGUAAAGAGUCGGCCGCCAUGAAGGCAGACCUUCUGCGGGCCAGAGAUAUGAAACGAUACAUCAAUCACCUGACUGUUGCUAAGAAACAAUGUGAGAAAAGGAUCCGCCUUCUCGGUGGACCAAACUAUGAGAACAGUGAAGAAGGAGGGGCCGAGGACAGCGACGAUCCGCAAAGUCAGAAGAUUCUCCAGUUCGAUGACAUCCUGUGUAACCCGGGUUACAGGGAGCAUUUCAGACUGUACAUGGAGCGGGUUGAUAAGAGAGCUCUGAUCAGCUUCUGGGAACUGGUGGAAACUCUGAAAACUGCCAACAAGAAUGAAGUGCCCCAAAUCGUCGGGGAAAUCUACCAAAAGUUCUUUGUGGAGAGCAGAGAGAUCCCAGUGGAGAAGUUCCUCCUAAAGGAGAUCCAACAGAGUCUGGUGGGGAACAGAGGAACACAAGUGUUUGUCCGACUCCAAGAACAGGUGGCAGAGACGAUGAGAGAGCGCUACUACCCCUCCUUCCUGGUUUCUGACCACUACGAUAAACUGAUCAGACGAGAAGAGCAGAACAGCCAAUCACAGUGCAGCAUUGAGGAGAAGGAGGAAGAGUGCCAAGGUCUGGAGUCAGGAGAGGAGGUGGGGGAUGAAGGCAGUAAAAGAAUCAACGAGCAGGCCAGUUAUGCUGCGACCAAGCUCCGACAACUCUACGACAAACUGGAGUACAAGCGCCAGGCCCUGGGCUCCAUCCAGAACGCUCCCAAACCAGACAAAAAGAUUGUGAGCAAACUAAAGGAAGAGAUCGGAGCCAUGGAGAAAGAACACAGUGAGCUGCAGCAGCACAUCUCCAGGACGGACUGGUGGUGUGAAAACCUGGGCCACUGGAGGGCUACCAUCACUACUGCUGAGGCUGCAGCAGAAGAGGGUGGAGAGACAGUGGCUUCCUACAGUGUGUGUGUCAGCCUGGUGGAAGCAGAGGAGAUGGCUAACAGUCGCUGGAACGUUCAGCGGAAACUUACUGAGUUCCAGAUGUUACACCGCAAACUCACCGAGUGUUUCCCAUCAUUGAAGAAACUCCAGCUCCCCUCCCUCAGUAAACUUCCCUUCAAAUCCAUCGACCAGAAGUUCUUGGACAAGAGCAAAACCCAGCUCAAUGCCUUUCUCCAGCGUCUGCUGGCAGAUGAGCGAUUGUGCCAGUCCGAGGCUCUCUAUGCGUUCCUCAGCCCGUCCCCAGAGCACCUCAAGGUGAUGUCAAUCCAGAAGAAAUCCUCUUUCUCUCUGGCCUCCUUCCUGGAGAAGCUGCCUGGAGACUUCUUCUCACAUACUGAGGAGGAGGUUGACGAUGACAGCGAUCUGUCAGACUACGGGGAUGAGGCUGACGGGAGGAGGGACGCCCUCGCUGAGCCCUGCUUCAUGCUCAUCGGAGAGAUCUUUGAACUCAGAGGAAUGUUUAAGUGGGUGAGGAAGACUCUUAUUGCACUAGUCCAGGUGACAUUUGGACGAACUAUCAACAAACAGAUCCGGGACACGGUAAACUGGAUCUUCUGUGAACAGAUGUCGGUAGUGUACAUCAGCGUGUUCAGGGACACCUUCUGGCCCAACGGGAGGUUAGCGCCGCACGUCAAGGUCCGAACUGACACAGAGCGCAGUGAAACCAAGGAGCGCGCUCAACAGAAACUACUUGACAAUAUCCCAGAUGCACUGACAAAUUUAGUUGGCCAGCAGAAUGCCCGCUAUGGAAUCAUCAAGAUCUUCAACGCCCUGCAGGAGGCUAAUGCUAACAAACAUCUUCUAUAUGUGUUGAUGGAAAUGUUACUGAAGGAAGUAUGCCCUGAACUCAGCGCCGAGGUGGACAACAUGUGAACACAAACACUCACUAACCACAAACUGAGGAUCUUUUAGGCCUUUCUGUAGCUGACCAAUCACAAACUGCCGCGGCAGGCACGACAUGGAGACGCCCGACCUCCGACAGGAAGCAGCAGCGUCGCUCAGAACUGACACACUGUUGGUGACUUUGCUGUGAAAUGAAGAAAAGGACUGGAAGAGGUUUGACUUUGUUGUGGUGCAGAUCUCAACUCGUCCUUUAGGCAGCCAGAUCACAUGUGUACCUGAAAGUCCACAUUCUCACAAGAUCAAAUUGUAAAUAUAUUUUUUUUCAAUAGCACUGAAACAUCAGGUCUGUACCACAACAAAAAAUGUUUUCCUGUGUUAAUCAUGGCGGUCUAUAGAUUACGAGACAGAGUAACAAUUUGUGAACACUUGAUCAUGAGGUCAUCAGUUUGUGAAGCUACAGUAAAGACUUUGAUGAAAUACAGGAAGACAUUUGAAGGCAGCACGGACCACGGAACAUUCCUCGUACACACAACCUGAGCAACAACAACACUUGUGUUCUGUGAUUCUUGUUAAGGCUUAUAAUUGUGCAAUAUAAUGUCCUGUAAAAGUCAUUGUGAUGAUUUUAUUUAUGAUUAUUAUUGAUAGAUUUUAUUUUUACCAACAAUUGUUUAGAGUUUAUAUAUGCGUUUAUAUAAGCAAUAAAUUGCAAACAAAAAGUG